UUCAGUCCGGUUUACCAGAAUCAGCAAAAAGCUCCGAGAGAUCGAAAAUGGUGAAAAUCGAAAUGAGAGUAAUGGCGCUUGAUGUGAGAAUCUUCGAAACCAUCUCUCCUUCUCGCUUCAUCUCCUUCACAAUCCCUAACCCUACUUCUCCGCCCCAUCUCCUCCGAGUCGCCGUCCUCGACUCGCCGAUUCAUUCAUCUCCCCCCCGAGCCGCCGCCAUGCUCGUCCCCAAGCGCCGAGAAACCGACUGGAUCUUCUCCACCGAGUCAGGCCAUCUCCAGCUCCUCUUAAACCUCCCCGACAUCUCUCGUCUGAUACUGAUCGGCGACGACCCCGAAGCUAUCUCCGAUUCCCCCGCCGAGGACAACGACGAGAUCCUCGAGCAGAGACUGAAACCUCUCGUUGUAGCUCUUUCACCCAAAACACUAACCAAAGACGAAGAAGUGCCGUUUCUGAUUUACGAGGAUAACGUUGUAUCCAGAGUAGAGCUGGAGAGAUCCGUCGGGCCUUACGUAGGUGAAAUGUUAAUCGAAGACGUAGAGAUUGAGAUCGAGGAAGGUACGAGGGAGUUCAGGAGGAGAUUGAGGUUUAAGAGGAUGCCUAACUUAGUCCAAUCCGACGUCAAGAUCGUCCGCGGAAGAGGAGAGGAGUUUAAGUUUAAGCUUCAGCUCAGGGAGCUUGUGCAUCCUUACUUAGCACCGAUGGUGGCGAGUCUCUCCUUAAUUGAUUCUGAGCUGAAACGUAGUAGACCACCGAAGGCGUUGUGUAUUGGUGUUGGAGGUGGUGGAUUGCUUAGUUUCUUGAAGCUACAGUUAGGGUUUGAGGUUACAGGUGUGGAGAUAGAUCCUCAAGUGUUGAGCAUCGCGAGGCGUUACUUUGGGUUGGAAGAGAGGUUUGCGAGUGUCCACGUUGGAGAUGGUAUUGACUUCUUGAAGAGAUAUGAUGGUGGUGGCAAAUUUGAUGUCCUGAUGGUUGAUCUUGACUCGACUGAUCCGAUCCACGGCGUGAGUGCUCCUCCGAUGGAUUUUGUGGCUAGAGAUGUUCUGCUUGCUGCAAGGGCAGUUCUUGUUCCUUGUGGGGUUUUGGUUGUCAAUGUCAUUCCUCCGGACAAGACGUUCUACCAAGAACUCAAGGAUGAGUUUAGACGGGUGUUUGCUGAGUUGUACGAGAUUGAUGUAGGGAACGGUGAAAACUUUGUUCUCACUGCAACGGUUUCGAUAAGAGAUUGCAAGAGAGGUUUUACUAUGCGGAAUUUACCACCACUAGUCUUGAAGUAUAUUGAUGCUAUAAAAAGGAUUUGAGAUUGUCGUUUAAAUAAAAAUUUUCAUUGGAAUCAAAGUUUGAGUUUUGGAUCC